AUGAGGGGCCGUGCCAUCUCUGCCUCACGGGGCGCGCCCCACCCCGGCGGCGCGCGGGGCGCGGCGGGAGGCCAGUUUCGCCCCUCCUUCCCUGCAGGAGCACGGAGAGACAGUUCUUGCGCCUGCGCCCUGCGCUUCUGCGCGCUUGGGCACCCGCGGGAGGGGCGCCUAUGCGCGUGCGCGCUCGCGCUCGCGCCCUGUCGCCGUGCUCGGCUGAGUCAGUCUGUCGGAGUCUGUCUUUGGAGCAGGCGGAGUGAAGGGACUUCGAAGAGCCAGCUGCCCGAUUAUUCUAUUUCCCCUCCCUCUCUCCCGCCCCACGUCUCUCUUCACCCUUCUCCGGCCCUUGCUCGCAUAGCCAUGGCGGAGCCGUCGGCGGCCACUCAGUCCCCGUCCAUCUCAUCGUCGUCCUCGGGGGCCGAGCCCUCCGCGCCCGGCGGCGCCGGGAGCCCGGGAGCCUGCCCCGCCCUGGGGGCGAAGAGCUGCGGCUCCUCCUGUGCGGUGCACGAUCUGAUUUUCUGGCGAGAUGUGAAGAAGACUGGACUUGUCUUUGGCACCACACUGAUCAUGCUGCUUUCCCUGGCAGCUUUCAGUGUCAUCAGUGUGGUUUCUUACCUCAUCCUGGCUCUUCUUUCGGUCACUAUCAGCUUCAGGGUCUACAAGUCUGUCAUCCAGGCUGUUCAGAAGUCAGAAGAAGGCCAUCCAUUCAAAGCCUACCUGGAUGUAGACAUUACUCUGUCCUCGGAAGCUUUCCAUAAUUACGUGAAUGCUGCCAUGGUGCACAUCAACAGGGCCCUGAAACUCAUCAUUCGUCUUUUUCUGGUGGAAGAUCUCGUUGACUCCUUGAAGCUGGCUGUCUUCAUGUGGCUCAUGACCUAUGUUGGUGCCGUUUUUAAUGGAAUCACCCUUCUGAUUCUUGCCGAACUGCUCGUUUUCAGCGUCCCAAUUGUCUAUGAGAAGUACAAGACCCAGAUUGAUCACUAUGUUGGCAUUGCCCGGGAUCAGACCAAGUCAAUUGUUGAAAAGAUCCAAGCAAAACUCCCUGGAAUCGCCAAAAAAAAGGCAGAAUAAGCAUCUGGAAACCAGAAAUGCAACAGUUACUAAAACAUCAUUUAAUAGUUAUAAUGUUGUUACUUGUACUAUGAAGGAAUAUGCUCAGUGUCAGCUUGAGCCUGCAUUCCAAGCUUUCUUUUUUAAUUUGGUGUUUUCUCCCCUCCUUUCCCUUAACCCUCAGUAUCAAGCACAAGAAUUGUUGGACUUAAAAAGAGAACUUAGAACCCAAAAUAAUAAAGAAAGAAUCAAAUUCAUAGGAUAAGUCAAUACCUUAAUGGUGGUGGAGCUUUUACCUGUAGCUUGGAAAGGGAAAGAUUGGAGGUCAAAGAGAAAAUAAAAGAUAGAACACCAUCUCUUAGGUCCUUCUAUCGAACUUUCAGGACUAGUCUUACUCAGUUUCCCAUUGUAGUUUUGCCCUUGUUUUUAAGUUAAAAAAUAAUGAUUAACUUAAUGAAGAAAUUAUUUGGGGACAGGAGUGUUUUUCCUUCCUUGGGUUUUUUGCAGCCCUUGGAUCCCAUCUUCCUGCCCCACCAUGUGAGCAGCUACUCCUAAUAUUCCUCUUCUUCAUUUAAUGAUAUAACUUUCAACUCUGUGAAUAACUUAGAGGUGACAGUGGUAAUUCCUGAUUCCCAGAAUGCCAUCUGAUUACAAAAGAAUUGAAACAGAAAGUAGGGUCAAAGAGGGAGUUACAGGAGCACUGAGGUGCCCUAACUCCACCUGGGGAAGGACAGCUCCACCAUUUGGGAAGGCGGUUUCUGUGUCUGUUCUCUUGGACACCAGUUCUGAGGCUUAGUUUGAGAACUCAUUCCCAAAUGUGCUUUCCUCCCUCUCCUCUAUCCACCGCACCUCAAGUUUAAUAAAUAUGGUCGUACUUUUCUUAUUAUGAAAUAAAUGUCUGUAACUGCUGUACACUGCUGUAAACUUGUUAGAGAAAAAAAUAAUCUGCAUGUGGGCUCCUCA